UUCACCGAAUGCCAUGGCUGAGAUUACAAACCUAGAAUCAUCUCUUCCAAUUUCAAGUGUUCAAGAACUAGCUAUUCAAAGGCCAAAGCAGGUACCACCUAGGUACAUCAGAGAUGAUCAUGAAAUCGGAGCCUGCCCUUCUGAUUCAUCUCUUCGUGUUCCUCUCAUUGACAUGGCCAAGUUGGUGAACACAGAGACAAGAGCUCAAGAACUUCAAACACUUCAUCUUGCUUGCACACACUGGGGUCUCUUUCAGGUGCUUCAAAUUCUAUGCUUCAUUGGGUUAAUCUUUUCUGAAGUCAUCGUUUUUGUUUUACCUUGUUCACCGUUUUGCAUGUGGUGAAUCAUGGAGUUUCUGAUGAAUCUCUUAGAAGAAUGAGGGAUCAAGUUGAAGGAUUUUUUAAGCUUCUAUUUAA